AUCACCACCAUCGCCACCACCAUCACCACAGACACCUGCCGCGGUCCUCACUCGCUCCACGGACCCCAUCUGCACCACACCACCACCACCACCACCACCACAGUUCCCCAGACACCGACUCUUCUCUUCUGCUUUGAUUUGCUUUCCUUGGCGCCAAAAUGACAACGUACACGAACAAGGGACCCAAGCCUGACUCUGGUCGCUUUCUUCACUUCGACCACGUGACUUUCUGGGUCGGCAACGCGAAGCAGGCCGCCAGCUACUACAUAUCACGCAUGGGAUUCGAACCGUUUGCCUACAAGGGUUUGGAAACUGGAUCCCGCCAAGUUGCUGCUCAUGCGGUCAAGCAGGAUAAGAUCAUCUUCGUGUUCGCCAACGCCCUUACGCCGAACAACGAGGAGAUGGGAAAACACUUGAUUCAACAUGGCGACGGGGUGAAGGACGUGGCGUUUACCGUGGAGGACCUGGACGCCAUCAUGAAGACAUCCAAGGAGCGAGGAGCGAAGAUAGUGAAGGAGAUCUGGGAGGAGGAGGAUGAGGACGGCAAAGUUAGGAUGGCUCGCGUGCAGACGUACGGGGACACAACCCACACCUUCAUUGAGCGAGAGACUUACUCUGGUUUGUUCCUGCCAGGGUUCAAAAAGCCAAGACACGCAGUCGAUAAAUUGUCGCAGAAGCUGCCCCCGACCAACCUGCGCUUCAUAGACCACAUCGUAGGGAACCAGCCGGAUUUGGAGAUGGAGAACGUGGUAGAAUGGUAUGAAAAGCAUCUAAUGUUCCACCGCUUCUGGUCAGUGGACGACAAGGACAUCAGCACCGAAUACUCCUCCCUGCGCUCUGUGGUGGUCACUAACUAUGAGGAGACGAUCAAGAUGCCGAUCAACGAGCCAGCGCCGGGCAAGAGGAAGAGUCAGAUUCAAGAGUACGUGGACUACUAUGGGGGGGCGGGGGUCCAGCACAUCGCUCUCAACACCAACGACAUCAUCACCUCAAUCACAAACUUGAAGGAACGCGGCAUGCUGUUCCUGGAGGUGCCUAAGACUUACUACCAGCAGCUGAGACAAAGACUGGCGGAAUCCAAGGUCAAAAUAGCCGAGGAGAUGGACGUGUUGGAGAAGCUGAACAUUCUGGUGGACUUCGAUGACAACGGAUACCUUCUGCAACUGUUUACGAAGAACAUGCAGGACCGCCCCACCGUCUUCCUGGAGGUCAUUCAACGCCGCAAUCAUACUGGUUUUGGAGCAGGCAAUUUCAAGGCAUUGUUUGAAGCCAUUGAGUUGGAACAAGAAGCAAGAGGAAACCUGUAAACCUUCCUCUUCCUCUUCCUCAUCUUCCUUUUCCUCCUCCUCCUCCUCCUCCUCAUCUUCUUGUCAUUGUUUUUUCUUCUUUCUCAUGUUCCUCCUCCCAUUAUUAUUUUUUUAUUUCCUCUAUCCUCCCCUUCCUCCUCUUUUUUUUUCAUUAUCUUCCUAUUUUGCAUCUCCUCUUCCUCCUCCUCCUCCUCCUUUUCCAUCUCCUCCUUUUCCAUCUCCUUCUCCGCCUAUGAACACUCAAAAC